UUUCCCCCACUCGUAUAAACAGACACCGUUCACAAGUUUGCCCUUCCAAAAUCCAAAGUCUCUCUCUCUCUGCGUUACACCGCCAAAGCGAUGGAGGCCUCCGGCUUCUCUUUCCGGCGGAUUCCAUGCUUAUCCGGCGCUAAGACCGAUACCCGCUCUUCCAAGCCGUCUAUCUCGUGCGUCUCUGUCGGUUCCAGGAAGCUUCGGGUUCUGGGUUUUCAACAGUCUAGAGCUCGCGUCAGACCCAGAAAGGCGUAUGGGGCUAUGAUCAUGAAUUCUGGGUUCUGCGAUAACGGGCAUAUGCGGUACUAUUACGUGAGCCCCAUGUGUUCUGGGAAGAAGGAGAAGGAGAAGAGUGUGAAUUCGUGUUCUUCGCUCACCGCCAAGAAGAAGUUGAAGCUGUUCAAGGGGCUGGCCGAGGACCUGGCCAAGUUUUCUGAUAUGGGCUUUGGUUUGGAUGCUCACGACGGUUUGGCUGCUGAUGUUCAACAGAAAGCCAUAGCGGAUGCAGUAGAGGUAUUGAUGAGUCAGCUGCAACAUCUGAGAGCGGCGGAGGAAUUGAAGAAAAGGAGGAAACAAGAGAAUGCUAAGCUUAAAGACAGACAAAUGAAUAUUAUGCUUGAUUGUGAAUCAUCAUCAUCUUCAUCCGAAUCAAGCGACAGUGAAUGUGAGGAUGUAAUUGACAUGAGCUUCCUGAGAAGUGAACCUCUUACACAAGCAACACUACCAGUAUUAGAUGAAGUGCAAUUAGUUUCUCAAGAAAAUGCAACAACGUUGACCCUUCCUAGCAGGCUGACCCAAGAAGGGAGCGCAGUUGUGUCAGAUGGUUUGGGGGAUCUCAAAUCAGAGAAUGAAGUAGAACGCUGCACUGGAAUUGGUACCAGUUCUAGCAGUAAUAGCUUCGGCCAUAAUGACAGGUGUAGCUCAGUGAAUGGAUCACCGACAAAGAGGAUUGAGGUUUGCAUGGGUGGUAAAUGUAAGAAAUCAGGAGCUGCUAUAUUGUUGGAAGAAUUUGGAAAGGUGAUCGGUGUUGAAGGUGCUGCUGUUGGUUGUAAAUGCUUGGGCAAGUGUAGAGAUGGCCCUAAUGUGAGGAUUUUGAACAGUGUUGAUGGCAGUGAAGCUGAGGGGGCAGAUGUUUCUGUUAGGACUCCAUUGAAUCCCUUGUGUAUUGGAGUUGGAUUGGACGAUGUGGGUGUGAUUGUGUCCAACUUCUUUGGGGAUGAACUUAUAAGUGAUGUGUGUAUUUAAUCAGUUGCAUGCGAUAGCAAGUUUGCAUUGUGACUUGAAUUCAUAGAGAUCUUUGUAUACUAGUUUAAAUCUAAAUACGCAGAUUGCAGUUGUGAUGAAGUUUAUUUGACAAUAAAUUUUCUCUAAUAUUUUCUUUUGCA